GGACUGGAGGCAGUUUUCCAAUAUCGGUCUCACCAAAACGAAGGGGAAGCUUGUAGUGUCACAGCUGGGAUUGGACCUAUUCCUGGGGCAAUAGAGACUUUAAUCCUCCAGGGUCUGCUGAGCUACAACCAUUCACUAGAAUAAAAUACAUGUUAGUAAAACACAAAUAUGACCAAACUCCACAAGGAGUAACACUGGGUUGUUCUUCAGAUGUGAGAGGGAGACGUUUCAGGACCCAGUGGCCUUUUCUUCUGAACUGAAAUGGAGAAUCUGGGAAUCUUCUCAAAGAAAUGCAUCUGUGGAGACCAUAAUGAAGAAAUUCAAAGACUCACUGUCGUCUAGACAGCGGUUGGACAAAGUGCACGUGACUCUGGAUCCAGACACGGCCCAUCCCGAACUGGUCCUGUCUGCGGAUCGGAAAAGUGUGAGAAGGGGAGACACAUGGCAGGCUCUGCCCGACAACCCUGAGAGAUUUGACACUGAGCUCUGCGUGCUGGGCUGUGAGAGAUUCACCUCGGGCAGACAUUACUGGGAGAUAGAGCUAAAGGAAGGUGAAGUCUGUAUUGUGGGCGUGGCCAGAGAGUCUGUGAGCAGGAAGGGAGAUAUCGAUUUCAACCCUGAGCAGGGGAUCUGGGCUGUGCUGUGCAAUGAGGAUCGGUACUGGGCUCUCACAUCCCCUGAUGAUCUCAGCCCCUUGUCCCUGAGCCGGGCACCCCGCAGGAUCCGGGUUUAUCUGGACUAUGAACGGGGGCAGGUGGCGUUUUUCGAUGCUGGUACCGGGGACCCGAUCUUCACUUUCCCGCCGGCCUCUUUCGCCGGGGAGAGAAUCCGCCCACUCGUCUCUGGUCCGUUGCUUUUCGUUUCCUUUUCCUCUCUCCCGGGCCCAUGCUCUUAGUGUGAGGCUCACAGCGUAUCCCUGAGGUGCCCUGUCUGUGCCCACGAAACAGGCUCCUCUAGCUCCCACCGUCCUGAUCUCUAUGACCUGGAGGACUCAGCCAGUCUCCCGCCACACAGACAGGGCUGAAGGGGAGUGACGCUCUACCUAUAGCUCUAUGGCUGUGGAGGUCUGUGUGAGGCUCUAGGCUGGGUCUCUAUGCUCUUAGGAGGCCAACUCGGUGUGGAGUGGGGCGGGGGGUCCCACCAAGGAAUGAGGGAGCCCCCCUGUGGGAGGGACCCAGCCAAAGGCCAGGA